AUUUAUGUUUCCCUAUAUCAUCAUGCUGGUCUUCUGCGGUAUUCCUCUUUUUUUUCUGGAACUUUCCUUUGGGCAGUUCACCAGCCAAGGCUGCCUUGGUGUAUGGAAGGUUAACCCUAUGUUCAAAGGAGUGGGGUAUGGGAUGAUGGUGGUUUCUACAUACAUUGGAAUCUACUACAAUGUGGUCAUCUCCAUCGCCUUCUACUACUUCUUCUCCUCCAUGACUACACUCUUGCCUUGGUCAUACUGCACUAACCGGUGGAACAAGGACGAUUGCAGUAGCAUGCUGAACCCCAACAGAACUGCCAACAUCAGUGAUCUGUCACGUAACAUCUCAACAUUGCUGAACCAAACUGCAAAGCGGACCAGUCCUAGUGAGGAGUACUGGAACUAUUAUGUGCUGAGGAUAUCCAACGGCAUUGGUAAUUUUGGGGAGAUUCGCCUGCCUUUGCUGGGUUGCCUAGUUGUAGCCUGGGUUGUGGUCUUCCUCUGCCUCAUUAAAGGGGUCAAGUCUUCAGGAAAAGUGGUGUACUUCACAGCAACAUUCCCGUAUGUUGUGCUGACAAUUCUGUUUAUUCGUGGAAUUACUUUGGAUGGAGCAGUCAAUGGAAUAAAGUACUAUCUCACGCCUCAGUGGGACAAGAUCUUAGAUGCAAAGGUCUGGGGUGACGCGGCUUCCCAAAUUUUUUAUUCCCUCGGAUGUGCCUGGGGUGGCCUGAUAACCAUGGCCUCGUACAACAAGUUCCACAAUAAUUGCUACAGGGACAGUAUUAUUAUCAGUAUUACUAACUGCGCAACCAGUGUUUAUGCUGGGUUUGUCAUCUUCUCCAUUCUUGGAUUCAUGGCUGCACAUCUGGGGGUCAACGUGUCGGAAGUAGCGGAUCAUGGUCCUGGACUGGCCUUUGUGGCCUACCCAGAAGCCCUGACGUUGCUGCCGAUCUCACCCUUCUGGUCCCUUCUCUUCUUCUUCAUGUUGAUUCUGCUGGGAUUGGGUACGCAGUUCUGCCUGUUGGAGACGUUAGUCACUGCAGUCGUUGAUGAGAUUGGCAGUGAUUGGAUUCGUAGGCAAAAAUCCUAUGUGACUCUGGCAGUUGCCAUUAUUGGCUUUCUUCUGGGAAUCCCACUGACUACCCAAGCUGGCAUUUACUGGCUCCUCCUCAUGGAUAACUAUGCAGCCAGUUUUUCACUCGUUGUGAUUUCCUGCAUUAUGUGUAUCGCUAUUAUGUACAUCUAUGGACAUAAUAACUAUUUCAAGGAUGUUCAGAUGAUGCUUGGCUUUCCACCUCCAAUCUUCUUUCAAAUCUGUUGGCGUUUUGUGUCACCCAGUAUUAUAUUUUUCAUACUGAUUUUCACUGUGGUCCAGUAUAAGCCCAUCAGUUACAAUGACUACAUCUACCCAUCCUGGGCUAUCAUUCUCGGUUUCUUGAUGGCUUUGUCCUCAGUAAUCUGUAUCCCCAUUUAUGCCAUCUGGAAGAUAUGCAUGUCUGAAGGUUCCACAUUUUUGGAGCGUGUGAAGAAUGCAAAUAAACCAAGCAAGGACUGGGGACCAACUUUAUUAGAGCACCGCACUGAUCGAUACGCAACAGUUGGCAGCCCAUCGUACGAGUUCAGUCUGGAAAUUCAACAACUGAAUCCAGAUAAAGAGCGAGAAAAGGAGAAAAUACCAACAGAAAAUAUAGAUCACAACCUCACCAUACAGGGCAGUAAUGGUUCUGCCAGAACGCAGGAGCUUAAUGUGUAGUCAAAGUCCUUUUAAAUCAAAGAAGACAAUUAAUUGGGUGUUAGGAGGGUGGGUUUGGGAAAUAGAGCCUUUACUUAUGCUGAAAGGUUCAUUCCCUUUAAUUUCUUAUCUGAUCUAUGGAAUUUGACAAGUAGUCAACACAACUUAAUUGAUUUUUUCAGGUAUGUGUGUUUUUCUUUCCCUUUUCAUUUUUUUUUAUAGUUAUCAAUAGAAUCUCAUAACUUAAUAUUUAAACCUGAUUUUUUUUUCCAGAAAUUGGUUGCUUUUUGUCAUUUUGUGGAAUGCAGUACUUUAUAUACACACUAUUUGUCUGUCAUUACAACUGAUAGCUGAUCAAAAUGUUUCCCUGUCUCAAUAUAGUUUUUCUUCUC